AUGGGAAACAAAACAUUACGGGAAGCUUCGCACAUCGUCAUCACAAAUUCUCACACAAAGGCUGAUGAAGAAUGUGAUGAAAAGCGAAAAGAUUCCAAACAUAAAUCAUCUCAGGCAACGUAUCACCAACACCACUGCAAGCAUAACAAGCAUAAUAAUGUGUUCUUCAGCAAUGGAGGACAGGCAUUAGAAAUGACAUAUAUAAGUCAUAUAGAGCAUACUUUCCAGGAACUGCAACACAUUCACAGCCACUGCCAAUCCGCAGGGGAAACUCAAAAAGUUCAGCCACGGCAAAGGCGCUGGGACACGCAAAGCCACUCGGAAGUUCCUUUUGAGUUGCAGGUUCUUCCAAAACCACUAGAAACCACUAUGCAGACACAGCAAAGUCAACAGCAGCAGAAGCAGAAAGUAAGUCUCUGCCAACACGCGCCACCAGGUAUCCCCGCCGCCGCCGCCCCCGCCACCAUCUGCGAGCCUCCACCACCAUCUGUGAGCCUCGGCCACCAUCCCGACCCUCCACACCACCUCCCUGCCUGGCCUGAUGCGCCGCCACCACCAGCGCCGCCGUCGUCACUGGCAGACGGGGGUGGGGCUUCUACUGCAUCUCCGCGGCGCAGCGCUGAUGCUGCUGGGGACUGA